GCAAUAAAACAUAAGUUUGUCAAAAAAAAAAAAACAAGGUAUCUUUGCAUUGUGUUUACAAAAAAAAUAUUGGACAAAAAAAAACAACAAUAAAUAAAGACGGUGCUUCUGAAUGCUAACCGGUAAAGAUAGCGGUAAACUGCGAGGGGGAAGGACAAAAACAAAAAAAAAGGCAAAGGAGGCAAAUAGCAGCAGGGAUAACAACAACAACGACUCCCGCCCACUACUUCCAGUGCAUCUUCCUGCUCCUCCUCAUCUUCCCGAUUUGCGGUUAUAAUGGACACCAUCUGUAGAUUGUGCUUCCAAACGGCAACGUUAUUCCAGGUGCCCGGCUAUAGCAUACCCACGUGCGUCCGCUGCUCGGAGCAGUUGACAAACAAUUCCAACUUCCAUCAGUCGGCGGCAGCAGCGGCCGCAGUCGCUGCCUCAGCCACUGCUGCAGCCGCCGCCAGCGCAGCAGCAGCGGCCACCACCUCCUCAACGGCAUCCUCCAGCGACAGCGACGCCGUCGCGCAGCAGCAUCCUCAGCAGCAGCAGCACCAGAACCCGCAGCAGCAGCAACAGCAACAAAUGCAAUCAUCCAGUUCUUCCGAGAACCUACAGUCGCAGGACGACUCUGAAGAAGUGGAUCUGAUAUUCAACGAGGAGGGCUCCUGCCCGCUAUGCAACAAAACUUUCUCGCGCAAAUCCUCGCUCAUGACGCACAUACGAAAUCACUCGGCGGAGCGUAAGUUUGUGUGCACCUACUGCCACAAAGGCUUUACGCAGGCUGCUAACUUGCGGAACCACGAGCGAAUCCACACGAACGAUCGGCCAUAUCAGUGCGUGGAUUGUGGAAAGACCUUCACUCAGAUCACCAACCUGAACAAUCACCGUAGACUUCACACUGGAGAACGACCUUUCGUCUGUAAUGAACCGGAGUGCGGUCGAAGUUUCGCCCAGGUGACGAAUCUGAACAACCACAUGAAGUCGCACCACAAGGUGCAGCAGUACUGUUGCAACAUGUGCAAUAAGAAGUUCACGCAGGUGACCUCGCUGAACCAGCACCUGCAGGCGCACGCCGGGGUCACCGGCUACUAUUGCCCUCGCUGUCCGGAGAAGAACUUCAAGCUGCAGUCGCAGUUGCACACGCACAUGAAGACGCACGGACUGGCCUUUCCCUACGAGUGCGACAAGUGCGACGAGAAGUUCCUGCAGCAGGCGCACCUCGAUCAGCACCUCAAGAUGCACGACGAGUUCAAGUUUAAGUGCGACAUCUGCCCGAGCAGCUUCAACCAGGAAUCGCUGCUGAAGAAGCAUGUUCAGCGGCACGUCGAGGGGCGCUACCUCUCGUGCCCGGUGGCCAACUGCACCGAGUCCUUUGCGGUGCGCCAGCACCUGUCCAAGCACCUGCUCACCAACCACGCGCACCACGAGCUGCCGCCGCCAAAGCGCUCCAAGAAGUCGGUCACGUUGCAGACGCCGCAGCAGCCGCUGGCGAUGAUCGGCCAGCCGUUGUCCCUGCAACACACGACGGGGCAGCGUGGUCGCCCGCCGAAGAACAAGAACAAGGCGGCCACGCUGGCCGCCACGGCCAUCAAGAUUGAGAUAAACGAACCGCUCCACAGCCAGCAUAUCAGCAGUGUCAGCGGCCUGUCUAUCCAGCAGCAGAUCAACCAGCACAUGCAGCAGCAGGCGGCACAGCAGCAGGCGGCGCAGCAACAGCAGCAGCAACAACAGCAACAACAGCAGCAACAGCAGCAGCAGCAACUGCUGCACCUGCCGAUGGGUCAGGCGGUCAAGGCGCGCUUUAUACCCACUAAGUAGGAUAGUUAAGGAUGGAAAGGUCUCUCUAAGCUUAAGCCCCGAACGAUCGAUCAGCUGCUAAAAUCCCUGAUUAGCCUAGCCAUAGCCAAAGUAGCAUCACAUCCAACCAACCACACACUCACCCACAGAAACUACACAGGCAAGACAUGAUAUUGCGGAUUGUUCGAAAGCCUCUAGAGUCCCCAAGUAGUUUUGGUUGUCUGAAAUUGUAAAAACUAUCUUAAAAAUUGUAUUACAAAAAUAAUUAUAAUUAGUUAAAAAGCAUAGGUAUCUAACUUAAAUUCUAGGGCGUGCUAAAUGUGUUUUAUACUUAGAAAUAAUUUCAAUCAAUUAUUCAUUAUUCAAUUAUUCAAUCAAUCAAUUAUUCAAUCAUUAUUCAGAAAUUUCCACAAAGAAGAAAUAGCACCCCACAUUUUUUAACAAAAUUGUUUGAAAUGGACUCUGGACUCUUUGAGCAUCUCCAAUUUAGAGUCCGGCGGCAAGCUGCUGGUUCAGUUUGGUGUCUGUCUCCUUUUUUCUCUCACGUUUCCAACCAAAGCAAUAGACAACCCAAAUAUCCCUCAAAUAAAUUUAAAAGAAAUAAUAAAUCCAGCUAUCCUAUAGAACAAAAAGCAGCACCAGAUGGACAGACAAAAACUCAACUGACUCCAAAUUAUGCACAUAAACACAUCCACAUCUAUAUAUAUUAUAUAUACAUGAGAUCAGGUUGAGGAUAUGUAACUUAAAUCGAAUUAAAAUUUCAAAAAAUUGCAAUGGCACAGCGAAACGGAAAUAAAAUGUUGAAAAAAUCAGAAAGUAAAUACAGAUUACCUAUACUUAAAAUUAAUUACGCAUAGAGAAAAAGCAACAAAAACAAGAAGUAACAAAAAAUUCGAUUGAAUUUGGAAUGUAUUUAUGUUAAGCAUUAGCUUAAGUGUUUUUAUUUUUUUUUUUAAUAAACCAUUACAAAAAGCAACCUAAAGAAAUGAAACAAGUUAAGGCAAAAA